AUCACAGACCAUAUCAAAGUGGAACUAUAUUAUAGACAUUUUAUCUGAAAUGGGUAACGGAGCUAGACAUUUUCUACAAUGUACAUUGACUCUCAAGUGUAUAAUUAUUGGAUUACUCAAGAUUGUAUGUCUGUAUAGAGGCCACACAUUUUCGAACUGGCAUUCCGGAUUUACAUUCGCUAGUUUAUGUUUUGAGGUUAUAAGUGUAUGGUUGGUAUGUUCCAGUGAAGAUGCAAGACACAGAUUACAAAAAGAUGAUGUCGAUGCUGUAGUCGGAACUAAUAUAUUUGGCUUUAUCUUGAAGUGUAUAGCUACACUGAAUACAUAUUACAAGGAAUUAGAAGAGAUAAAAGCAAUGUGUUCUUUGUGUACAGUCAUGGAAAUAGGUUUGGAUGUACUGAUAUGUUGCUGCUACUGUUGUUUUGAUGAACCAAGACAAAAUUCAACAAAAAUAAAGCUGCCAGCGUAAAUGAACAUCAACUAGAUAUUCAUGCAAUUAAUAAAAACAACAACAACAACAACGACGAUGACGACAACACUAAUAGCAACAGCAACAUUUAUUUAGUAUUAAAAGAUGUAUAUAGCCAAUACUGAAUAUAAAACUAUAAACAGUUUUAAAUAUGAAAUAAUACAGGAAUUUAAAACAAGAGAAGAAAACAUCCUGAUAUCCAUGUAUAUAUUAUUCACGAAGUAUUGAAAUUUUGCUAAAUUAUUUCGUACUUAUUUACGUUUUCGUCUCGAGUUCAGGUAAACAUCUUUCCCUUGACAGUGAUUACUGAUAAGAACUCACCUUACUUGGGCACAGCAAACACAGUCUCAGAGCCACGCAUUUGCAAAGUUGGCCCGCAACAAAAGGAAGCUUUAAUGGAAAAAUGUUACAGACGGGUUGCUUCAAAAGUCCAACAAGUACAUUUUAAUUUUAUGCAAAAUACAGAAAAAAGAGGAGGAAUGGGUAGAUGGUAGAAAGUGGGUAGGUUAAAGAGGAAAUUGGAACAAGGAUGACUAUUCAAAAGGGAAUGCUACGUGCCUUAAUCACAGUUACCAUGCAAGGUAAACCACAGCAGCACAGGCACUCGUGUACAAAAGGCAAACACACAAAUACAUGUAACUAACUUACAUAGACACACAUAAAACAUCAAUCGGCAGCAAAAAAUCUCACAUAUUUGUAUAAAAUGUCAGGUUACGAAUUAAAUAUUAAGUUAAUUCAUUAAGUUGAUUACACUUGAUUGGCAACUUAUGGGUAUUGCUAAACUGGUUACCAACAAUUUUACUUAAGAUAGUUUUAUAGUUUAUUUCAAUGUUCCAUCCGGACAAAUGGCCCAUGAGGACAUACAAUACAUGAUACAUGGCAAGACAUUGUACAACAUUUAUAUGCAAUAAAAGUGAAGUCUGAUUUUUUAAAAAUAUAUUGUUUCAGAAACAAAUAUAACAAAUAACACAGUAAUGUGUAUAAUAAGAUGAUUAUAAUUGUCUUUAUUAGCAACGUAAUCAUGUAUUGAUUUUAUCGAAAUGAAACUCGUGUUAAGCAUAUUACUCAAAACAAAUUAAACUGGGAUUUUGGGAUUCAUAAAACACAAUAUACACUUGUUUAACUGGGCCCAGUUGUUCGAAACUUUAACUGGCUGUUAAACUAACGGCAUGUUAAAUUUUGAUUCAAAAUAUAAGGCAUGAUAGGAACCACUAGUAGGAUGUUUUAAUUUUACUGUAAAGACAUUUUAGUGUUCAUAAUUCUUAAAUCAUAAUAGGUUUGGCGAAGUCUUCUAAAAUUUCGAAAUGUAAUUCUAAAAGUUAAUCAACUGUUAGCUUAAUCGCCUGUUAAAAUUUCGAACAAAGUAUACGUCAUCUCCAAAAGCUUACCUACUAAAAUGAGAUAUAGAAAAAGGGUAUUAAUGCAGACACGCAAACAAUUUCAAGAGAUAUACCAGGAAAAUCAAUAAUGUGGUGUUUAUAAAGUCAUUCGGAAGCUUUCGAGUUUUAUAUGUAAAAGCUUUGGGUUAUAUUACUGUUUUCCUUACGGUUAAAUGAGUUUACUUCAGAUUAUUAUCGUUGUUAUGUUUUAUUAUAA